CCUGACAUCAUUCUCCACAGAGCUACGUUUCCCCCUCACCCAUUCCAGCCAUGGGUCUAACCAACGACGAGAAGCUACGUAAAGCGCUCCGCGAAUUAGACCACAAUGGCCUUAUCCUCACCCCAGAAGUCGCACGCAAGCUGAUCGCAGGCGAGAAGCUUACGGAGGAAGAAGCGCCCGGGACAACCAAGCCAAAGCCAAAGCCAAAACCCAAAGCUACAUCUGCGUCGCAGAAGCGCAAGGCCGCAGCCGUAGAGACCGUUGAUCUUACCACCGAUUCCACCGGGAAUGCCGCCCUCGAAGAGACUAGCGACAAAGCAUCCUCCCUCUCCGACAUCGACUCGGACGACGAGCGCCUGGACGAGAUAAAAUGGGAUUGCAACCAGAUCCGGCGCAAGGUCACGGCGCUGAUCGAUUCCAAACAGAUGAAAGUCGCGGAUUUUCUGCGUGCCGCGAACCUCACUAGCCGAGCGUACUACGUCUUCAUGAAGCAGAAUGGAAAGCACGCGGGCCAGAGAUCGAGCGUUUACGUGGGCGCACAUCGGUUCUUCCUCAAGCGCGAGAUCCUCGGGAUGAAUAGGAAAAAGGUCUCCGCGCCGAGUAAGAAGGCAAGGCUUGAUGCUGAGGCGAUGUAUAAUGUUCGUGCUAUCACGCUUGAGGGGGAGGAGGAAGGCAAUGUGCCUGUCUAUGAUACGUGCGAUGAGAUCCGCAAGAAGAUCCGCGCUUGUCUUCAGGACAGCGGAAUGACCAAGACAGCGUUCUGCAGGGAGAUUUCCAAGACCCCCAUUCGCGACCAGUACGGGCAUGUCGGGUUGAGGACGACCUCGCCACUGCAGACAGCGACUCUGACAUCCUUUCUGUCGAAGAAGGGUCCGAAGGAGGGCAAUCAGAGUAUGAUCUUCUACGCAGCGUAUGUCUUCUUUGAGAAGCUCUGGGUCCGCGAUGGGAAGCCCAAGACGGAGUUUCGCGAGGAGAUGGAGGAUGUCUGGGGGAGCGACGGGUUUGAUCGGGCAACUGGACCAAAUGCCGUCUACAUCACGGCAGCUGGAAGGACUCUCUAUACGGAUGAGUAUGGCCGUGUGCGCUCCGGGCCCAUCGGGAGCGUUUGGUAAUAGUUGACCUUCAUUUCGUCCGUCAGUCGCAUUUUCAAAUACCUAUUUUGUAAUAUUCCGGGGUUAUUUACAUCUUACCGGGCACUGUUUGUGUUUUCUUUCCCCCUGUGUAUUAUCUCUCUUCUCUAAUUACUGUCGCUCUUCGCAAGUCAACAGCACUCCACAACCUUUUUAAUGUCAGAUUUGGUGCCGUGUCCCACGCCCCCGACUGCCACAACAACCACCUUCUCCACAGAAACGUCAAGCUGAAUCCUAGUCUCAAAGCCAUUCCGGAGCACAGUCUUUACAUCAUGAAGAACACCCUGCUCCGGCGCCGCCUCCAUCACCUUCCAAGCCUCCACAUCCGUUGCCCCAUUCCAGCUGACAUACACGACCGUCAUUUCCCCCGCGCCUGCAGUACAAGCAAAAACAUCCGGCCGGGUCCUCGGUCUCCCCACCCAGGACGCCUUAUAUCCGCGGUACGACUGUAACGUAUUGUCGAACCCAAACCGUGCCCGCAUAACCAG